AUGUAUCAUCUUCCCAAAAUUGAGGAUUUGUUUGAUCAACUCAGAGGUUCAGUGGUAUUUUCCAAAAUCGAUUUAAGAUAUGGUUAUCAUCAAUUGAGAAUCAAAGCUAGUGAUAUUUCUAAGACAACUUUUAAAACUCGAUACGGACACUACGAGUUCUUAGUUAUUCCAUUUGGACUAACUAAUGCUCCUAAAGUAUUUAUGGAUUUGAUGAACUGUGUUUUCCACAAGUAUUUUGAUCAGUUUGUUAUCGUAUUCAUCGAUGAUAUCCUGAUCUACUCAAGGAGUAAUGAGGAACAUGAAGAACAUUUAAAGAUUGUGUUGGAGGUUUUGAAGAAGGAGAAACUCUAUGGCAAGUUCAAAAAGUGCAAGGCGAAUGUGGUAGCUGAUGCCUUGAGUUGGAAAACGGCAGGUCAAUUAGCUAUGUUGACUACGCAAGAACCACUAUGGGAAGAAUUUGAGAGAUUGAAUCUCAAAGUUGUCACCACUCAACCAGGUGUGGUCGCUCGAGUAACAGAUCUCUCUGUCCGACCCACACUUCGUGACAGAAUUAAUGGACAUCAAAAGGGUGAUCAGUCCUUUGAGUACAUCAAGUCUGAGAUUAACUCAAAAAAGUGGAAGGAUUUCACCAUAGCUGAAGAUGAAGCAUUAUAUUAUCAAAGGCGGAUGUGUGUACCGAAUUUCAAAGAAUUGAAAAGAGAGAUUCCAGAGGAGGCUCACUCCUAUUCUUAUUUAGUGCACCUAGGAAGCACAAAGAUGUAUAAGGAUUUGAAGGCAAUAUAA